AUGGGAGAAGAUCUAUUCUGGGCGCUGCGAGGGGGAGGAGGUGCGAGCUUUGGGGUGAUUCUUGCUUACAAAGUGAGGCUUGUGGCGGUUCCCAGUACGGUAACUCUUUUCGUAGUCUCAAAGACGUUGGAGGAGGGAGCGACAAAGCUUGUGGAUAAAUGGCAGCGAAUGGCUUAUAAUGUGGAUAAGAGGCUGUUUAUCCGGGCGGUGUUUACUGUUGAGGGAAAUGUUAGCGAAGCUAGUGAUGGGAAUAAGGCGAACAGAACAGUGCAGGUUUCUUUUAAAUCCUUGUUCCUUGGUGAGAAGAAUGAGCUUCUUCACGUAAUGGAGGAUUGUUUUCCGGAACUCGAAUUGAAGGCGGAGGAUUGUAGAGAGAUGAGCUGGAUUGAGUCGGUCAUGUACUUUGCACGAUACGAAGGAAAGCCUUUGAGCAUCCUACAAGAGAGAUACUCUUCUGAGUUCAACAGCUCCUUUAAGCACAAAUCCGACUUCAUAACACGAACCAUCCCCUUGGAAGGAUGGGACAAAAUAAUGCGUCGUUUCCUCGAGAAAGCUGAAAAACCCCUAAUGAUCGUAGAUCCCUGGGGUGGGAGAAUGGAUGAAAUUUCUGAAACCGAGACAGCCUUUCCUUAUCGGAAAGGAAACCUUUUUCACGUCCGCUAUUUGACGCAGAGGUGGAGGGAAGACAACGCUGCAGUGAGCAAGAGGCAUGUGGAUUGGUUGAGGAGGUUUUACGAGUUCAUGACACCUUAUGUUUCUAAGAAUCCAAGGGCAAUUUAUCUCAACUCUAGAGAUUUGGAUAUUGGGACCAAUGUGAAGGGGAACAAGACCACUUAUUGGGAGGCGAGGUUGUGGGGAGAGAGGUAUUAUAAAGAUAACUUCAAGCGAUUGGCCUAUGUGAAGGGUGAGGUUGAUCCUACUAACAUGUUCCUGAAUGAGCAGAGCAUUCCUCCUCUUUUUCAUUAA